UCUCUCGUUCUCUCUUUUUCUUCAAGAUGCGACUUGCAUUGGCGAGCUUGGUGCGACUGUGCACAGCCCGCAAUGCUGCUGCUGCCCCGCUGUCGUCGUCGUCGUCGCCUUCCACUUCUGCUGUCGCUGCUGCUGCUCUGCGCGCGGCACCCGUCUGCUUCUCCAGCAUCCGAGCACUGUCCACGAGUGCGGUUGCCAGCUCGGCCGAUGGCGCGGCGUCGUUCGAUCUGGCGCGUGUGCGCAACAUUGGCAUCUCGGCGCACAUUGACUCGGGCAAGACCACUUUGACCGAGCGCAUUCUGUUCUACACUGGUCGCAUCAAGGAGAUUCACGAAGUCAAGGGUCGCGAUGGCGUCGGUGCCACGAUGGAUCACAUGGAUCUCGAGCGCGAGAAGGGCAUUACCAUUCAAUCGGCAGCCACGUACACUCGCUGGUUGGAUCACAACAUUAACAUUAUCGAUACCCCCGGCCACGUCGACUUUACCAUUGAAGUCGAACGAUCUCUGCGCGUGCUUGAUGGCGCCGUCCUUGUGCUUUGCGGCGUGGGUGGUGUUCAGAGCCAAACCCUGACUGUCGACCGCCAAAUGAAACGCUACAACGUCCCCGCCAUCGCCUUUGUCAACAAACUCGAUCGUCCUGGUGCAAAUGCCUUCAAGAUCUGCGAGCAGCUCCGUAACAAGCUCCGUCACAAUGCCGCCAUGCUCCAAGUCCCGAUCGGAGCGGAAGAGAACUUUACUGGUGUUGUCGAUCUGAUUGACAACGUUGCGCUUUACAACGAGGGCACUUUCGGCGAGACCAUCCGUCGUGAGGCGCCCCCGGCCGCGCUGGCCACCGUGAUUGCCGAGCGUCGUGCACUUUUGAUUGAAGCCGUGGCCGACGUCGACGACGAACUGGGCGAGCUCUUUUUGAACGAGGUCGAGCCGACUGCGGACCAACUUCGCGCCGCCGUUCGUCGUGCUACCAUCUCUCGCAAGUUUACUCCCGUGCUGUGCGGUACCGCGCUCAAGAACAAGGGCGUCCAGAUGCUCCUCAACAGCAUUGUGACCUACAUGCCCAACCCGACCGAAAUCAAAAACUACGCCCUUGACCUCAACAACAACAACGAAAAGGUGCUUGUCCAUCCCGAGAACCUCGAAAAGGAGCCGUUCCUUGGCCUGGCGUUCAAGCUGGAAGAAGGACGCUUUGGCCAGCUUACGUACUUGCGUGUCUACCAAGGCCGCAUUCGUCGCGGCGAGUUUAUCAUGAACGCUCGUGAUCGCAAGAAGAUCAAGGUCCCUCGCCUGGUGCAGAUGCACGCAAACGAGAUGGAGGAAAUCCAAGAAGCCCACGCUGGUCAGAUUUGCGCCAUGUUUGGCGUUGACUGCGCCUCCGGCGACACCUUCACUGACGGCACGACCUCUUUGGCUAUGACCUCCAUGUUUGUUCCCGAGCCGGUCAUCUCACUCGCCAUCCGGCCCGAGCGCAAGGAUGAUCUCGAACGUUUCAGCAAGGCUCUUGGCCGAUUCACCAAAGAAGAUCCCACGUUCCGCUUGUCCUUUGACGCGGACAGCAAGGAGACCAUCAUUUCCGGCAUGGGUGAACUCCACUUGGAAGUGUACUUGGAGCGCAUGAAGCGCGAGUACAACUGCCCCACCAUUUCCGGCAAGCCAAAGGUUGCCUUCCGCGAGACCAUCACUGCUCCCGUCAACUUUGACUACCUGCACAAGAAGCAGUCUGGUGGCUCGGGUCAGUACGGCCGUGUCAUUGGCACGAUCGAGCCCAUCGGCGAGGAAGCCGGCGACGCCAACGAGUUUACCAACACCAUGAUUGGCAUGAACAUUGCGCCCGCGUUCGUCCCGGCGAUUGAGCGCGGCUUCCAGGAGGCGUGCGACCGCGGCUCGCUCACCGGCAACCGCAUCGUUGGCAUCCGCUUCGAUCUCAAGGACGGCCAAUCGCACCCUGUCGAUUCGAACGAAUUGGCCUUCCGCCUCGCUGCUCGUGGCGCAGUCCGUCAAGCGUACGCCAACGGCAGCCCGAUCCUGCUCGAGCCCAUCAUGAAGGUUGAAAUCACCAUCCCCGAGGAGCACCAGGGUGCCGUGUCUGGCCAAGUCAACCGCCGCAAGGGCAUGAUUCUGGACAGCGAGGUUUCGGACGGCUACUGCGUUCUCCAGACUGAGGUUCCGCUGAACAACAUGUUUGGCUAUUCCACCGAAUUGCGUUCUGCGACUCAGGGCAAGGGCGAGUUUUCGAUGGAGUAUGUCCGUCACGCACCAGUGCCCAUGAGCACUCAGCUUGAGCUUGUUCGUGCUUACGAGAAGGAGCGUGGUGGCAAGAAGGACGAGUAAACUUGUUUUGUCUUGUCUUUUUCUUCUCUGUUGUCUUGUUAUUUUGAUGCAUGGUGUGUGAAUGUCCAUGCCCAAUGAAC